UUCUUUCAGCCAUCUCUCUCUAUCCCUCACUCUCUCACGUUCUCCUCCUCUCUCUCUCUCUAACUCCCACGAUUUUUGUCUCCUUUCUCCCUGAGAGACUCAAAUCGAAGCUCAACCAGAGGGUUUCCACUUCAUAUGUCAUUAGCAUUACUAAUUUUAGAAGGAUUCAAGGAAAUUUGAAGAUCUUUCUCAACAUUUGUGGAAUCUAAGGUGAAGGUGUUGGAAGGUUUUUUUUUUGUUCACUUCGUCGACGAACCUCCGCGGCUCCUCCCAAAUCAACCGAGUCUUCCCACCACAUCUCGCGCUUGUCGUUGUCUUCGCUUCGCCGCCUACAUCGCCGGCCGUUCUACCCUUAUCUUCACCAGGGUUUUGAAUUUCCACGAGAAAGAAGCGUUACAAUGGCUCGGAACGAGGAGAAGGCACAGUCGAUGCUCAACCGCUUCAUCACCAUGAAGGCGGAGGAGAAGAAGAAGCCGAAGGAACGCCGCCCUUUUUUGGCCUCCGAAUGCCGGGACCUCGCUGAGGCCGACAAGUGGCGGCAGCAAAUCAUGCGCGAGAUCGGCCAGAAGGUCGCUGAGAUCCAAAACGAAGGGCUCGGUGAGCACCGCCUCCGCGACCUCAACGACGAGAUCAACAAGCUCAUAAGGGAGAAAUCCCACUGGGAGCGGCGGAUUGUGGAGCUCGGCGGGCCCAAUUACACCAAACACGCCGCCAAGAUGACUGAUCUCGAGGGCAAUAUUGUCGACGUCCCGAACCCAAGCGGCCGAGGCCCUGGGUACCGCUACUUCGGUGCGGCAAAGAAGCUUCCUGGUGUACGGGAGCUCUUCGAGAAGCCACUGGAGUUGCGGAAGCGACGAACGCGGUACGACAUUUAUAAGAGAAUUGAUGCGAGCUAUUAUGGGUAUAGGGAUGAUGAGGAUGGGAUUCUGGAGAGGUUGGAGGGGCCGGCGGAGGAGAAGAUGAGGGCGGAGGCUGUGGCGGAGUGGCGGAGGAUGGAGGAGAUAAGGAAGGAGGCGAGGCGGUCGGUGAAGAGUGGGGAGGUGGUUAUGGUGGCGAAGGAGGUGUUGUUUGAGGAGGAGGAGGACGUGGUGGAGGAGGAGAGAAAGAGGGAGAGGGAAAAGGAGUUGAAGGAGAGGAGUGAGAAGGAGAGGGAGUUCGUGGUGCAUGUGCCGUUGCCGGACGAGAAGGAGAUUGAGAAGAUGGUGCUGCAGAAGAAGAAGAUGGAGCUUUUGAGCAAGUAUGUCAGUGAGGGGUUGUUGGAAGAGCAGAGCGAGGCCAAGCAGAUGCUUAACAUCCAGCGUUAGAUCAUUGGUAUCUAGAAGAUGCAAAAAGAGCCAACUACACCCAAAUCAGGUGCCUAUCUAGGAACCCUACAUCCUCUAUGGAAACGGAGUAUUUUUGGGGAAUGUGAAUGGUUUUCAUAUGCCUUUUUGGCUUUUCUUCCUGGCGAUAGAUUGCUCGACACAAAAGGGCGGCUCCAUUCUGCUGGUAGGCAUAUGGGGAAGUAGAAUCUUUAGCUAAAGCAUUGGUUCAAUGGUUGACGUUCUUGUCAACAGCCUGAUUUUGUUAAAUAUAAUCAAAUGAAAUCAUGAUUUAAUUUUUUUUAACAAAGAUUUAAUUAUUCCGGAUGGAGAUCUCCUGCUUUUAUGCCCAGCUGUAGAAGACCAAUUUGUACAUAGCUAGGUUUCAGUUUUUUUUUUUAUUUUGUCACGUAGAAUCAGCUCUAAUUGGAAUCGCAGUCUGAUUUUGAAUUCUACUCUGACUGAAUUUCUGUUGCUGCUGAUAUGUGAUAUGACCAAGUUAGAAUCCUAGCUUUGUGGGAGGAGAUGCUACAAUGCACAACUAAUAUAGCCUUUGGCAACUUCGUUUAUUGUGUGUCCACUCUUUUGACAUUGGUGAUAGAGAAUGUUAUUUUGGCCUUUCGGUCAAACUCAGUUUCUCUUUUUCUUCUCUA